AUGUUUAACAUCGAAUUUGAUCAAGAUGUUGAAUUAAGAGCAAUGCAAAAUGAAGAUUUUGAAUAAUAAUACCUUGAGCAUUGUCUGAGAGAAUAUAGAAAAGAGCCUGCUUUAACAAUACCACAAAUUAGUAGAACCUUAAGUUAGAAAACGAUUGAAGCAGAAUGUCUUCAUAAAAUAUCAGAGACUCCUUUUGAUGAAAACUUUAUUCUUACUUAAGCACAAAGUUCUGAUAUUUUUGGUCGUAAGUAUCUGAAUCAACAUGAAAGAAGAAGUAGUAUACCUAAUGCUGGUACUAGUCUAAUGUGUAGUUUUUAUAUUAGGAGAUUUAUAGAAAAGAUUUCUUAAAGUAGGAAAAAACUAUUGAGUAUGAAUGAGAUUCAUUUUAAUCUUAUUGAAGAUAAGGCAGCUGAUAUGUAUUUUAUAUUCUAUGGUAGGCAAAAUUUAUUCAAUCAUUAAAGUGAAUGCAAAAGAUAAGGUUUUACUCUUGGUAAGAUGAAAACAUUAUUGAGAAAAGAAACUGUCAUUAAUAAUUUGAGUACUUAGGAGGAAAUCAAAGAAUAAAUCAGAAAAAUUAAGAAAUAAUUUUUGAAUUUGAUUACUGUAAUAGUUAAUAAAAUUCCGAUCAUUCAACCUGAAUCUCGUUUAAAAAUGAUAUGGGAUUUCUUUGCUUCAUUUUUUAGAAUCAUAUUAGUUAUUCUAAUACCCUUAGAAAUAGCAUUUUAACCUUGUAUUUUAUUUACAGACUUUAUUGUUCUUACUGCUAUGAUUUUAUUAAUUUUAUAAAUAGACUUCUUGAUUAGAAUAAAUACACUAUCUUAUAGAAAUGGAGCAGCAAUAUAAAAUAGAUGGGAGUUAUUAAUAUAUUAAUUUAAAAAGGAAUUUUUUACAGAUUUUUCAACAUCAUUUUUAUUAAUAAUCUUUAUAAUAAUACCAGAAAUGGAUAACAAUUUAAAUUUAUUUUUAUUAUUGACUUUGGCAUAGUAUAAAUAUAUUCAUGAAACAUUUGCAAAAAGUGAUUAAAUAUCAUAUUUAACAAGACCUUUAAGAGGAAUAAUAGGUUUAGUGAAGUUUAUACUUACACUAUUGUUUAUACUUCAUUUAUUUAGUUGUAUUUGGUUUUGGUUUAGUAAGAUAAGUCUUGAAGAUUCGUGGAUUAAAUUUAAUGGAUUAGAUCUGAAAUCUUGGGAAUUAUAAUAUUUAGAAGCAUUAUAUUUUGCUGUUGUGACAAUGCUUACAAUAGGAUAUGGUGAUAAUGUACCUAAGAAUUCAAUAGAGAAGAUAAUAACUAUCAUUUUUAUAUUGGGAGCAUGUAUUAUAAUAAUAUGAUUAAUAGGUUUAUGGUUCUCUUAUAGUGUAAAUUUUAUAGGAGGUAUUAUCAAUGAUAUCACUUAAAAUCAGGUUGAAAGAAAUAGAAAGAUGAGAGUCAUUAACAAGUACAUGGACCAAAGAAAAAUACCAUUUAAUUUGAAACACAAGUAAGAAAAUGAAAUAAUAACAUAAUAGAGUAAAAGAAUACUUAACUUUUAGAUGGAAAGAAGAUGAUGAAGUAGAUUUAGAAAUAGAAUAAAAUUUGCUAGAAUAAUUAUCUGAUGAAUUAAAAGAAGAAUUAGAUAAAGAAGCUCAUAAAAUCUUUAUAAAAAAAUCAGCUCUUCUUUAACAUUUCAGUGAUGAAUUAAAGGAUGCUUUAUCUAAAUCAAUUAAAAGGAAAAUUAUUCCUCCUUAAAACACAUUCUCAAUUGACUUUGAUGAUUAUUAACAUUUAUGUUUUGUAGAAUAAGGAGUAUUACUUUAUCAACAUCUUGAUAGAAAAUAACGAUCAAAAAUGAAUGCUCCAAUAAAAUAAGGACAGUUUUUCUGUGUUUAAGACUUUAUAAUUUAGAGUCCUUAAAAAGAUUAUUUUAAAUCAAAUGGAUAUGUCAGUUUAUUGAUAUUAUCUAAAUUAGAUUUUAUGACAACCAUUAAAAAUUAUCCUGAAGAUUUCUAAAAAUUUUGUGAAAUGAGAGAACUUAUGACUUUAAGUCUUAAUCCUCCAUAAUUAGAAAAUGGUGUAUUUUGUCCAGCUUGUCUAUGUUUCAAACAUUCUAUGACAAAAUGUCCUUAAAUAUAAUAUAUUCCUGAUAGAGAGGCAAUUUUAAAGAAAUAUUUAUUACCAUAAAUUCAAGAUAGAAAAUAUUAUUAAAGGGAUUUUACAAAAAGAUUUAAUAGUGAUUAAAUUAUAAGUAGAUCAAGAUUAGAAAAAGAUUUAGUAUAAUAAUUUGCUUAAGUAUUUUAAUCUGAAAAUCACUAAUUAAUAUAAGAAUAAUAAAAAGUUUAAUUAAUUUAUGAAUAGGACUCUAUUAGUUCUUCUGGAGAUCCUAGUCCUUGCAAUAAAAUUCAAUAUGAUGGUGGAGGAUUUCAAGCUGCUGUUCUAAAAUCAAAAAGACUUAUCAAUGAUCCUCCAAAUCAUUAAUCUAUUAAUUCUAAGUUGUAGGAUACAAAAUAAAGUCUUCAUUAGGCAAUGUAAAACAGAAAAUAAUCUAUUCUUAAUUUAAAUAUCCCUUCAAAUAUUGGUAAAAGUCCAAAGAAUCUUCUAAUACCUAAAGUGGAUAUUAUUAAAGAAAAUGAAGAAAAUGAGGAAAGUAGUGAUAGUGAUGAUAGUAAUAGUAGUAGUAAUCAAAAUAAUGAAAUAAAAAAUUAACUUAGUGUUACUGAUUUUAAUGAAAAUAUGAUGGAAAAUGUAAUUAAUUUAUAUCAUUAAUUAUAAAGAGAAUUAGAAUUAAAUGAAAAUGAUUAAACUAUUUAAAAAGCUUAUCUUUAAAUAGAACCUAUUUAUUGGUCAUUUCAUUAAUAAAAUGUAUCUGAAUUUGAAAUUAUGACAACUUAUGAUUAUUUCUUUAAGAGUUAUAAUUAUAAUGAGAUUAUCAAAUUAGCUUAAAAAAAUACUUUUGCAUGGUAAUCACAAUUCAUCAAUAAAUUAUAAAAAUAUAUGCUUUAUCCAUUUCUUUUUAUUUAAAAAUAUAUGAGCAAAAAAAGAAAUUCAAAAAAUACAGAAAAAAUUAAGAGGGAUCCUUCGAAACGAUUAAAUAGUCGUUUAAAUACCUUAAAAAAUAGUCUUAAAUUAAAAAAAAAAUAAUCAGUUCUAAUUAAGCCAAUUAAGAAUUUAGGAUAAGUGGCUCCAGAACUAUGA